AACUGGGCGACUAGUCCCGAUACUUCGGAUGAGCUACCUGUCCAUGUUGAAGAAGCGGAAGAAGAGGAGCUCCUUCUCUUGGACAAACUUGAAGACAAGCGCGUCGUGGAUGGAGAGAGGUGUUGUGUAGAGUUUGUGCAAGAAAGGGGAGAGCCGAUGAUUGUCGGUGAUGGUGUUCGACCUCAUAGGAUCUGCCGUUGGGAUAUGAUCGCGUACAAACUGCUGGAUGCAAAAUGGCCUGACCCAGCACUGACCUUUAGUAGUGGAAUCAUGGUCCUAAGGACCUCUCUGCUCGUUACGGACAUCGCCAUAGCUGCUAUCCAAACACUUUCAUUAAGACGCCAAGAAUUUUUAAGAGGAUACGAAUGGGAGGGAAAAGAGGAGGCGUGCUACUUGUCCGGCAGCGUUGGCGGCGGUCACAAUAGGAACAAGAACCCCCAAAAGGAGAAAUCUAGGCCGUGGAAGCGACCAUAUACAUUAUGUAUGGCAACGUACGCAGGGUGA